AUGGUUUUUAUCUGCUCUCGUAUUUUGUUAGUACAAUUUGUUUUCCUUUAUUCACUCUUCUCUUUCACACUUACUACUUGUUUACCUUUAAUUCACCCAAAGUGUCAUGAAUAUGAAAGCUAUGCCUUGUUGCAAUUUAAGGAAGGUUUUCACAUUGAUAAGUUUGCCUCUGUGAAUCCUCUCGGUUAUCCUAAAACAGCAUCUUGGAAUUCCAGCACAGAUUGCUGCUCAUGGGAUGGCAUUCAAUGUGAUGACCACACAAAUCAAGUGAUUCAAAUUGAUCUUAGUAGCAGCCAACUCUAUGGUACAAUGGAUGCAAACAGCAGUCUCUUCCGCCUUGUACACCUUCGAAAGCUCGAUCUUUCAGAUAAUGACUUCAAAAACUCUCAAAUCCCAUCAAGGAUAGGUGAGCUUUCACAACUAGAAUAUCUGAAACUUCUUGAUACCAAUUUUUUUGGAGAAAUUCCACCACAAAUUUCACAGCUAUCCAAGUUGUUGUUUCUUGAACUUGGCGUCCCUGUUAUAGAAAACUCUAAAGGUAUGAUAGUCAGUCAGUUGAAUCUCAAAGUAUCCACUCUCAGAAGCUUAAUUCAAAACUCAACAAAACUUGAGACACUUGGACUUGGUUUAGUGACCAUGGCAUCCACUUUACCAGACUCACUCACAAAUCUAACUUCGUUGAAACGUCUAAUUUUUUCAAAAUGUGAAUUACAUGGUGAAUUUCCAUUAGGAGUAUUUCAUCUUCCAAACUUAAAAGUUCUGGAUUUGGGAUAUAAUCCAAAUCUCAAUGGUAGAUUGCCUGAGUUUCAGUCUAGGUCACUCACCAUGUUAGGACUUGAUGGCACUAGUUUCAAUGGUACACUGCCAGUAUCCAUUGGAAAACUUAGUUCUUUAAACUCACUAUCAAUUCCACAUUGCAAUUUUUUUGGAUAUAUACCAUCUUCGUUUUCCAAUUUGACACAGCUUAUGUACAUAGACCUUAGAAACAACAAAUUUAAGGGUGACCUUUCUGCAUCAAUAGCAAAUAUUACUAAACUAGAUCACUUGGGUGUUGGUUUCAAUGAAUUUACUGUUGAUACCAUUUCAUGGAUAGGAAAGCUCACAUCAUUAGUUGCCUUGGAUAUAUCCUCAGUCAAUAUUGGUACUGACAUCCCAUUAUCUUUUGCAAAUCUCACCCAACUUGAAGUAUUAAAUGCACAAAAUUGCAAUUUAAGAGGUGAAAUUCCAUCUUGGAUAAUGAAUCUAACAAAUUUAGUUUCCAUCAACGUAGCCUAUAAUUUUUUACAUGGAAAUGUGGAGCUUAACAAGUUUUUGAAGCUCAAAAGGCUAGUUUUCCUUAGUUUAUCAUUCAACAAACUGUUAUUGUAUAGUGGGAAAAGUUCUUCGCGUAUAACCGACUCUCGAAUUCAAGUCUUAUCAUUGGAUUCAUGCAAUUUAGUUGAGAUUCCACCAUUUAUAAGAGAUCUCAGUGAUGUGGAGUUUCUAUCAUUGUCUGAAAACAAUAUACAAUCGUUACCCAAUUGGUUGUGGAAAAAAGAGAGUCUACAAGACUUAGCCGUUUCCAACAAUUCAUUGACAGGAGCUAUUUCCCCAUCCAUAUGCAAUCUCAAAUAUCUCCUAGGGCUUGAUUUAUCAUUAAACAACUUUAGCGGCAAUGUUCCCUCAUGUCUGGGGAACUUUAGCCAAUCUUUAGAAAUACUGAAGAUAAAUGGGAACAAGUUGUCUGGCCUCAUUCCUCAAACAUACAUGAUAGGAAAUGCCCUUCAGCAGAUUGAUCUCAGCAACAACAAUUUGCAGGGUCAGUUGCCAAGAGAAUUGAUUAACAGUAGAAGACUAGAGUACUUUGAUGUUAGUCAUAACAAUAUCAAUGAUUCAUUUCCAUUCUGGCUUGGAGAUUUACCUGAGUUGAAGGUAUUGGCUUUAAGUAACAAUCAAUUUCAUGGAGACAUUAGAUGCCCUGGGAACAUGACGUCAUCCACAUUUCCCAAGCUUCACAUCAUUGACCUUUCUCACAAUAAGUUCUCUGGCAGUUUUCCAUCAGAAAUGAUCCAAAGUUGGAAUACAAUGAAAACUUCUAAUACAAGUCAAUUACAGUACGAUCAAAGUUCAAAAGUCACGAGUCUCUACAAUCAAGGAAACACCGUGACAAGAGUGACAAGACAUUUGUCUUAUUCUUUCAUGAUGUCAAACAAAGGGCUACUCAUGGUUUAUGAGAAGCUUCAGGAUUUUUACAGCUUGAUAGCCAUUGAUAUUUCUAGCAACAAAAUCAGUGGAGAGAUACCACAAGUCAUAGGAGACUUGAAGGGUCUUAUUUUUUUCAACUUGUCAAAUAACGACCUUAUUGGCAACAUUCCAUCAUCCUUAGGGAAGCUUACAAACCUUGAAGCAUUGGAUCUUUCUUUCAACAAUCUUUCAGGAAAAAUUCCCCAACAGUUGACACAACUUACCUUUUUGGAAUUCUUUAAUGUCUCCUUCAAUAAUCUCUCAGGUCCUAUACCUCAGAAUGAGCAGUUUUCUACAUUCCAAGAUAAUUCAUUUCAGGGUAACCAAGGUCUGUGUGGGGAACAAUUGUUGAACAAGUGUAUAGAUCACAAAGGGCCUUCUUUUUCUCCACCUUCUGCCUCGGAUGAUGACCAUGAAUCAGAAUCUUUGUUUGAACUUUACUGGACUGUAAUUCUGAUUGGCUAUGUUGGUGGUCUUGUUGCCGGAGUGGCAUUGGGAAGCGCUUUCUACCCGGAUGUAAUUGGAUUGCUUAAAAGGGUCUUUUGA